AUGGACUAUCUAAUAAUUCCUGAGAUGGCAAUACCGUUGCUUCGCACAACCUGUACCUGUAAUUACGAGCAACAAGCGGCCGAGGGAACGUUCCGUGUCGCCGCCUCUCGAACAAAGGCGCUCCCACCUACUGACACGGUGCCCCUGAACACGCCGCCGUGCACCACCAUUUGCCCCACCAAAUCGUUACCAUCGACGAGUAAACAA